AUGGGGGAAAGUCUGACGGUACUAACGUGUCUUUGCAUACUGUUAGUCCAUAGAAGUGAGGAAAGCUCUCCAUUUAAGAACACAGACAAAGAGUGCCGAACUAUGCUUCCCUCUGGGUCACGAUCACCCCCGAGGAAGGACAAAAACCUAUUUAAAGUUGCUGUUAGUGACACAAUUUACCAUGAAGCAAUGCAUCACAUUCAAGUAAGUGUGGAAAACAUGACAGAUCGACCGAUAAUUGGAGUGUUAUUGCAGCCCAGAUUGGGCGGAUGUGAGGGACCGGAUGUCGAUCACAAUGUGGGAGAGUUCGAAAUGAUUCCCGGAAAUGAUUACUUCAAAUUCCUCAACUGCAGAAGAAAUCCAAAGGGUGCGGUUUCGACCAAACACUGGACAGGUAAACCUUACCAAGGAAAAAUAGAAGUCAAUUUUAUCAUUACCAACACCAAGAGAAAACUCAGAUUUAGAGCCACCAUCAUAGGUAGUCAUGGUAACCUGUAUGUAAAUAACGAUAGCGAAGAAAUUCGGUACGUGGCAAUAAAAAGCAGCGACCAAGAUGAUUCAAAGGAGUGUCCAAAACUCAAAGCACUUCCUCAAAUUGCCGAAAACGAGGCUGCAUCAGACUACAGGAGCAACAUCAACAAGUUCUCACUUCUUUUAUAUAUUUUGUUAUAUCUUACAAGACAUUUGUUAACAUGA